AUGUCGCUCCCGGUGGUGCUGCCGGGGUCUUGCUGUCCGGUCGUCGGGGCUCCGCAGCUCGCCGAGCCGCCUCACCGAAACCGACCGCGUGGCUCGUCUGCCUCUUCCCGGAUCACCGGCGGCUCUCAGCUGCUGCUGCCCGGGCGGCCGCUGCUCUCGCUGGGCUUGCUGCAGCUGCUGCUCGGCGGCUCCAUGGUGGUGCUGUGCUUCGGAGCGCUGGCCCUCAGCAGCUCGCCCCCCAUCCGGAACUCCUGUCCCUUCUGGGCGGGCUCCUCGGUAAUACUGUCUGGCAUCGUAGGCCUCACAACAUGGAGAAGGCCCAUGCUGUUACUGGUCAAUGUGUUUGUCCUGCUGUCUUUGGUGUGUGUGCUCCUUAACCUGGCUGGAUUCAUCCUGUGCUGCCAGGGAGCCCAACUGGUUUCCAGUAUGACCAGCUGCCAACUGAGUGAGGCUGGAGAUGUGUGUUACUGCUGCUCCCUCUCCCCCAGCUCCAACUGUCCUGAAGAGAAGCUGCUGGAGCUCCACCCGGCCCACUCCUGCAGCACCAUGAGGGUCCUGCUUAAGAAGGUGUUGUUUGCGCUGUGCGCUCUGAACGCUCUGACCACCGCCGUGUGCCUCAUGGCGGCGGCCCUGAGGUACCUGCAGAUCUUCACGUCCAGAACGCCGUGCCUGGACGAGCACAGAGUCGAGGAACGGGAGGACCCCGCCCAGGUGCCAGACCCGGACGAGUUUGUGGCCCCAGCCCCUCCCCCGUCCUACUUCUCCACUUUCUACUCGUACACGCCACGCCUGGCUCGCCGGAUCCUCGGGGACAGCGUGAUCCCUGUCCCUCAUAUCUACGGGGCUCGGAUCAAAGGGGUGGAGGUCUUCUGUCCACUAGACCCCCCGCCUCCAUACGAGGUCAUCGCUGGCGGCUCCGCCGACGCAGUCACACAGGAGACAGAGAUUGCUCUGACGGAGUUGACUGUGAACCCGACUCCACCACCAGGAGCACCUGUUCCAGACUGGAGUCCGCAAAUGGUAUCGGCAUCACCGGGCAGCAAUCCUCGGAUCCUUCCUCCUCCUCCUCCUCCUCAGCAGCCGUCUCCAGCACUGCCCCCCUGGAGAAGGGCGAGGAUCCAGCGCUCCAACAGUGACCCAGUGUUGAUGGACAUCGCCACUAAAGUGCUGAACAGCAGCGACGCCCCCCCCGCUCCGCCCCCUCAGACCACAGAUUCCUCCACCCAGACCUCCCAGCCCACGCUGGCCGCCUGCGCCCAGGGCCAGGUCACGCUGCGACGGGGCAACAGCAGACCCCGGCCCUCCUCCAUGGUGGACUAUCAGAGCUACCGGCACACGCAGCAGCUGGUCAGAAGGAUCCUGCAGCAACCGGCCGCUCAGGGCCUGGCCCCCGAGGUCCAGGAGCUGGUGGACAGCAUACGGAACGUCCUGCAGUCGGACCAGGAGCACAUGGAGGAGGCUGUGCGCUGUGCCAGCUACAUAGAACAGGUGUUCACUGAUUCACAGAUGGGUCCCAAUCCACCUAAACCUCCCCAGCAGCCAGCAGCCAGUAACUCCCAGACCUGCCCUCGCCCCCCGAGGACGAGGAGGAGGAGGCCCGGUCUGCUGCAUCUGCAGAGCUGCGGGGACCUCAGCUCCUUCACCUGCGAGUCUGUGGAGCAACGAGGAAACCGGGGUAGAGCAGGCUGGAGGGCGGGCUGGAGAGGGGCUUCAGGGGCGGGGUCAAGGACAGGGUCCCGCCUGGUUCACCCUGAACGCCCUCACAGUCUGAUCGGAGUCUUUAGAGAGACAGUGCUUUGA